AUGGCGGCCACUGUCCAUCCUGCCCAAAAGGCACACACAAUUCCUUCGGACAGCCUCAAUGUCUGCCGUCGGACCCCGUUUUCCCUCCAUUCAGACCACAGCGACCGGCUCCUAUCCAAACUCUUAAGCCGGCAGACUUCGCCGCCUCCAGCAACACGGCCAUCGAAAAGGGCAAAGACGACCCACGACUCACAAGUCAUGGCAGCUGCCGCACGCAGGUCAAGGCAACGGAGAACGUGUACACGCCUUCCAAAUCUUGCGUCUGAGAUUUUGGUCUUGAUUUUUGAGCAUAUGCUAACAGGUUGGGCUGCUAUUCGUUCAUCUUUGCAACAGGUGGCCACGCCCGUCGAAUAUCAGACCCUUGUCCUGACAAAACGGCUUCUCUACUUCCGAAAUCCCGAGCGCAUUUAUGACGCGUACGCAAACAUAAGUCUGCACACCAAUCAUGUAUUUGCGUCUAUUGACGAGAUCGAGAGCUGCCAUGAUAAUCAUCGUGCUGUUGCCCGGAUCACGACCAGCAUUCAAAACUUGUUAACAUUCACAUGGCGAUAUGCGCGAACACGCUCCAGCUCAGCUUGCACCUGCCCUAUUGCUCAGCUAUUCCUCACCACUCCCGGAAGUCAUGGCAGGCUACGUCGAGGAACGCGUGUCUUUUUCGAAAAUGUUGCGUCCCGGCACCUAGAGAAUCACCACAAUCUGUAUCUGGAGGCGAUUCCAACCGAACUAUUGGUAUCCUUAAAGAUGGCUAUCCCAAGUCCACCGCUCAUGACUGGCAUCAAUGGGCUGAAGCAGGUGCUGCUUAAUUCCAGGUCGCUAGAAUCUUUUCACUACCAAGAUAAGGGGCAAGGGACCAGGUUCACAUUCUCAGCUGGAGAACGAUUGCCGCCACUUAAGAAGCUGAGACUCGAGUGUUACGACUGGUGUCACUCCCGCGAGGAGGUGCUUCGGCAUUGGGAUUUUUCACGUAUCCAAUCCCUAGAGCUCUUGGACAUGCCUGUGUUCAAGGCUCUCCGUGCCAUUGAAGCUUUCAACCUCUACGGACUACACACUUUAGUUACCCGUGACUCUGGAAUAUCAGACACGCGAGAAGAGCUGUCGGCGCACCUGGCCUGGAUCAUUCGCCAGAGAACUCGGUCACUGAAAAAGCUCGAGUUGACUGUGGACAUGCGGCACUUUGACCCAGCCUCGCUGCUGGUGCACGCGGCAACUCUGGAAAUUUUAUCUCUGCGGGACUUCAUUGGCUUUGGUGACGAGAGCCGAAGAUGCCCGACCAUGUGGCUAGAUCAUUUGAGUAUGCUGGCGAGGGAGCUCAAAAAUCUGCACACUUUAGAGCUGGAUAUGGAUACUUUAAUGACGAAUCCUCCGGCCUUCAUUGAGACGCUGGCUCGCUUCCCAAGUCUCCACACGCUGACAUUGCAUGUUCAAACGGUUGUGCACCCUUGGGACGAAGUCAUAUCCGGGGUCGAUAGAGACGCCGAAGCCGCCAUGCACAUCUUUACAGCACUCUUGAGGCAUAAGUCUGCAGCUGCAGUUGCCAUGUAUUCGCAUACCAGCCAGAACGUCUGGCGUCAAGUCACGCUGAACAUUGGGGGCUGGAAGCCCGUCAUGGUACGACGCCUCAGUCCGGCGUGGAAGAGCAAGAACGAGCACGGAGUUUUUGCGGAGCGCUGCUUCGUCAUGCAGCAGCAUUCGGGGGCUUCUCUAGCCGAUCCUUACUUCGUCACUGAGGUUGCUACGGAGGAGCUUGGAAGGGAGCAGCGCGAGCAGCAUCGGCAAAGGGAGCCCGUCAGGGCCUACCUACGUGGUACUGGGCUCGAAGAUCAGGCCAUUCCAGGACCUGGUCUUGGUCAUCAGCCCAUAUCGGAAAACACUCACCACUUCACCGAAGUUGUACUGGAGUAUAUUUCGGGAGGCGCCCGGCCACCUGGGCCUAUUUUUGCACACCAAACCAAAGGAUAA